CGAAGCGGUGCACCUUUUUGAUUCCAGAAGUCUCUCGUCCAUACUGUGUGAAUUGCUUCGCUUGUUUGUUCCAGAGCUUCUCAUUGUACAGUGCCAUAUCUCAUAACCAAAACUCAUGAAUUCGAAAUCGAAUUCGAAAGCGACGGUGAUGUUUAACGAGAGGGACGUUGUAGAUACUGUUAGGGUUAGGGUUCCUCCGAAUUCUUCAUCAUCAUCAUCACCUUGUGCUCGUGAUUGUUGUCAUACAAAGUUCUUGCUUCAAAACCACUUGAAUUUCAAGCGAAGCGCUUCACCUGCUAAGAUUAUGCGUUACGAGAACGAAUCGUGGGUUGAUGUCGCUCCAGAAGUCUUCGAUUCGCUCCGAUCGGGGUUCUUGGAAGGGAAAUCGGUGGUCGAGGUUCGAAUUGAGGGAGUUCUUUGCUUGUUCGAUUUUUAUCGAAUGUUGCAGAUUGAUUUGAAGAGUGGGAAUCAGAGUUCGAUUGCUUGGAUUGAUGUUCACGGUAAGUGUUUUUUCCCCAAGACCUUUGUCGAUGGCGGUGGAGAAGUUGCAAACGUUUCCAGAGAUCCGAACAUUGAAGUCGUGAAUGUGUCUUCUUCAAAUCCGAAUAUUGAAAUUUCGAACGUCACCGAGGACUUGGCCUCCGAAAACCCUACGAUUGAGAUUGGGAUUAGAAUCGGAGGAGAUUUCAAUUCGGCUAAGAGGAAAGGAGAGAGUGAAACUGAAGGAAGUUCUUCGAACGAUCAACCCGGUAAGAAGAAGAAGAAGAAGUCGCCGAUUAGUGCUUAUGAUGCAGAAUCACCGAGGUGGCCGAAAACGAAACUGUUGAAAGAAGGAGAGAAAGCCUAUUCAGUUGUCAAGAAUUUGUUUCUGUCUGGGAUAGGAGUUCUUGAACCCGGUGCUGCGAUCACUGCAAUUCACCAGUGCUCGCGCACCGGUCCGUUAGAUAGAGCUCGAUACGAAGUCUUCCAGAAGCAGAUGGAGCUUAUGAAGGCUGUUAGAGGAGAGGCCAAUAUGCAAUUUGCUUGGUAUGGGGCUUCGGACAAAGGAGUGGCUAGUAUUUUGAGUCACGGGUUCGCAUUGACUAACAAGUUUUCUGGUUCUGAAGCUCAUGGAAUUGGCAUCUAUUUGUCUCCUUUAUGCUCAUCCCACACAAGUGCUAUGUUAUCUGAGGCCGAUGAUAAUGGAGAAAAGCAUGUUAUCCUGUGUAAAGUUAUAUUGGGUAAAUGUGAACAAAUUGAAGCAGGGUCCACACAGAUGUAUCCUUCCUGCCAGGAUUUCGAUACUGGUGUGGAUGAUCUUAAGAAUCCCAAUUGGUAUGUGGUGUGGUGUGCCAAUAUGAACACCCACAUACUUCCUGAGUGUGUUGUGAGCUAUAAAUCUUCUGAUCGUGCGGAAGGUCUAUUUAGAGGAUCAUCGUUUGUGAUGCCUCUCCCAGGUUCAUCAAAUGCUUUGUUAACAAAUCUAUUGUCCAAGUUACGCAACUCUCCUCCUUCCUCAAGAGUUCAGGAAUUGCAAACUUUGUGGGUUACAUAUAAGGAUGGAAAAGUGGCUAAAGAUGCUUUCAUUAAACAAUUACGAUCAAUUGUAGGGGAUGAGAUGCUGCUUUCAACUAUUCAGGAAAUUCAUGGCUGAAAAAAGGUUUUUUUUUUUUUUCUUUUUUUUUUUGGUCACCUGUAGGAGCAUUUGGAAACUAUACUUCUCUUGGAUGAUCCAUUUUGCACAACCAAAUGUAAUAUUGCUAGACAAAAAGGAUUUUGAGAGGAAACCCCAUAGAUAUCAAAAAAGAGAGGUUUUUUUGUUUUUUGUUUUGUUUUUAUUAUAGAGCUUUACCCCCCAUCAUAUAUGUAGCUACAAUGCUUCAACUUAAUUUGGAAAGUUUUCAUUGCUAGUGAUUUGAUUUGAGUACUUUA